CAUUCCUCAACUGCUUAGACAUUCUUAGCUUGCUGCAGAAGAAUCUCCAGUCACAGCACCAUGAACCAAAGUGCUGUUCUUAUUUUCUGCCUUAUCAUUCUGGCUCUGAGUGGAACUCAAGGAAUGCCUCUCUCUAGAACUCCACGCUGUACCUGCAUCAAGAUUAGUGAUCAACCUGUUAAUCCAAGGUCCUUAGAGAAACUUGAAAUGAUUCCUGCAAGUCAAUCUUGUCCACGUGUUGAGAUCAUUGCCACAAUGAAAAAGAAUGGGGAGAAAAGAUGUCUGAAUCCAGAGUCUAAGGUCAUCAAGAAUAUACUGAAAGCAAUUAGCAAGGAAAGGUCUAAAAGAUCUCCUCGAACACAAAGAAAAGCAUAAUCACAGCACUACAGAUAAGGAUGGACCAGAGAGAGGCUGCCUUUGUCAUCAUUUCUCUACAUACAGUAUUUGUCAAGCCCUAAUUGUCCCUGGACUGCAGUUCUCCUAAAUGGUGACUGACCCGUCACCAAAUUAGCUGUUACUCCUUCAGGGAGGUGGAUGGUUCAUUAUCCUGAGCUGUUCAAUAGUAACUCUGCUCGGGUACUAUACAAUAAGCUAUGCUCAGCGCUACAUUCUUAGUGAGCGUGCCAAGUCCUAGCCCUGCUUUCCUCACCUUUCCUACCUUCUUAAGGUUAUUAAGAGAUUUGUUCACCUCUAGGCUUAUCAGAGUUCUUAGAAUCUCAAAUAAUUAAAGGAAUACAACCAAAGUGAUAAUACAAUCCGCUUUUUAAAGAAAGGUCUUUACUCCAUGGGCUUCUGCCAUCUUCCCAAGGGGCCCAGAUUCUUCUGAUAUAUAUAUAUAUAUGUGUUUGUGUGUGUGUUUGGAGAGAUAUAUAUACAUAUGUGUGUGUGUUUGGAUAUAUAUAUAUAUAUAUAUCUCCAGCAAACACAUAGAAUAAGCUUGAAAUAUCUGGAAAUGUGUGUGAAAAUAGUGUUAUUUAAUGAAAGACUAUACAAAGUAGAAUUCUUAAAUGUAAGUGUUUCUUAUAUUGUUUUCAGUGCUUAUGGAAUAACUUGUGUAAUUAAAUACUACAUAUGAAUGUGCAAAAGGAGAAAUUUUAAAAUCUAGAUAUAUGCUCUGUAUGUUAUGUAAGACAAAUAUGCUGGAUGUUUUUCAAGGUAAAAAUGGUGUGAUAUCCUGGAAAUAUUAAGAUUAUUUAACUGUUGAGAGACAAAAAUGUAAUAAAAUCAUUAUAACUAAAA